AUGGAACACAGGAUAAAGCAGCUGAAAAUAGAUGUUAAAUGAAAGAUAUUCUUACCAGCAUUAAAAGAAGAGUCCAGAGAAAUAAGCCUGUUGAAAAAAAAAGCCUGAAAUAUUAUUGAAAGUAGACAAUGGAGAAGAAUGAUGUACAGCGUGAUCAGGACCAUCUGCCUUUGGAAGAUUGGAGAGUUCAAUGGUUUAAUCCAGAUUACUGAAAGCAAACCAUUUUCUCAAAAGCACUUUACUGGCUCCCUGCCUUUCAAGUAGAAGCCUGCAGGCUGACUGGACCCCUGUUCAUUAUACAUAGCUUCUAACUUAGCUUUGUAUCUGAUUAAUUGUUUUAUUAAUAAAACAUGUCUUUUUUGUUGAAAUCGAUGGUGAGUGGACAGGUGAAAAAUUUAGGACUUGGGGGUAGCGAUGAAGAAAAGAAAGAGGAAGGAGGUACUUUGGAUCCUGCAGCUGCAGCAGGCAUGACUAGAGAAGAAUAUGAAGAAUACCAAAAGCAGAUGGUGGAAGAAAAAAUGGAACGUGAUGGCCUGUUUGCUCAGAAGAAAGCAGAAAGAGCAACACUAAGGGUUCACUUAAGAGAAAAGUACAGGCUCCCAAAGAGCGAACAGGAUGAGAAUCAAAUUCAAAUGGCCAGAGAAGAUGUUGAGCUGCCAGAAGAGCUGAGGAAGAUGGUAAAUGAAGAUCAAGAGGAAGAAGAUGACAAAGAUUCUUUCAUUGGGCAAAUUCAUAGCCUCCAGAAUAUGGAUGCAGACCAAAUAAAAGAAAAGGCCCAGGCAACAUUUAGUGAAAUAAAGCAGGCUGCUGAACAGAAAUGCUUCAUAAUGUGAACAAGGAAUGAUUCCUCAACUUUCAGUUUUAGUAAAAUCUCGAAUAAACCUUACAAUCAUGCACCUAACACAGAAUUUAUGUCUCCACUAUCCACUCUUGAAAUGAACAACAUUAGUGUGAUCUCUGGGGCACAAUUUUUCAGAGGAAAAUAAUCAAAAAUCCGUACAAAUUAUUGGUAUACACAAGUAUGCACAUGUAUGCAUGUUGGAGACCAAAACGUAUUUUUAAUUGAAGAGCUGUCAAAAUGUAGAAAUAUAUUUUUAAAUUAUUUUUCUCCAGAGGUCGCCGUUAAGAUUGUGAAGAGUGAAAGUACAUGCCCUAUUGUUUAUUUUAGGUAGUGGGAAUUGCAUGAAAUUAAGUUACUCUGUGAUGUAAUGCAAUUUAUUGGAAUGUGUGAUCAAAUACAUGAUAUAUCUAAUCUGGUAAUUAAAUCUACAAUGACAACAAGAUGAAUAUUCACCUUAAUUAAUGUGAUCAAUCAAAAUUGUCUGUACAAAUCAAAUAGAAA